AUGCGGGCCAUUUUGCUUGUACUGGUUCUUACGGUGUUGUCAGUUUGUAAAGCAGCGACACCAAAACUACGCUUUGCGUGGAAAGAAGUGGACUAUGUUUGGGGUUCGCCAGAUCAACGAGAAAAUGCUAUAAACGAUAAGCAAUUUAUACCAGCACACAAUCUUCCAUUGGGAUUAGAUCGCUGGAAAAACAAAUUAUUUAUUACUGUACCUAGAUGGAAGAAUGGUGUGGCUUCCUCACUUAACUAUGUUGAUGUGGAUGGUCCUCAAAAUCAACCUUUAAAACCUUAUCCGUCGCUAGAGGAUAAUUUAGUAGCAGACACUGCCACAGCGCUUCCUUCAAAUAAUUCAAUAAUAUCGGUAUUUAGAAUCUUUAUUGACCCUUGUGACAGACUCUGGGUGAUGGAUUCUGGAUUAGCAGAUAUCUUAGGUUCACCAAACCAAAUUGCUGGUCCGUCGUUGGUAAUUUUCGACCUAAACACCGAUCAAGUCAUUCACAGGUAUUUCUUCAAAGUUGAAGAUAUGAAGGAAGAUUCAUUUUUCGCUAAUGUAAUCGUUGACGUAGACAAAGAUACUUGCGACAAUGCUUUUGCCUACGUACCAGAUUUGGGAGCGUACGGCGUUGUUGUCUACAGUUUGAAACAAGACGAUUCCUGGCGUGUGUCCCAUCAUUACUUUCAUUUCGAGCCCUUAGCUGGGUCAUACAAAGUUGGCGGUGUUGAGUUUCACUGGACCGAUGGUGUAUUUGGACUAGCGCUCACUGAGCCUAGAGAGAACGGAUAUCGUACCAUGUUCUUCCACGCCUUGUCCAGCACCAAAGAGUUCUGCGUUUCCACUGAGUUACUACGCAAUUAUACACAUAUCGAUAAAAAGGAAGCUUUCAAUGACUUUAAGCUGUUAGGCGACAGAGGUGAGAACACUCAAGCUUCUUCAAGCGUCUACGAUCAGACAAAUCAUGUACUGUUCUAUACCCAGGUCAACCGAGAUGGUGUUGGUUGUUGGAAUUCAAAUAAACCAUACACACCGGAAAACAAUCCCCUGCUGUUCAGUGAUCCUGAACUUUAUGAGUUCCCUAACGAUGUAAAGAUUGACAAUGAAGGUUCUCUUUGGAUUAUAAGCGAUAAAAUGCCGCGUUUUAUUUUCAAGUCGCUCGACCCUAACGAGGUCAACUACAGAAUAUUCAGUAUCAACGCCACUGACGCCAUUGCUGGGACGGCCUGUCAAUAA